AUGUCAUCUCCAGCCACCCAGAAAUCAGUAGAAGGUCUCCAGAAAACAGAUAAACCCCCAGUAACUCCAACACUGCAAACGAUAUUGGAAGAUAAAGAAGAGGACCUAGGAGAUAAGAUGGCCGAGUUGAUCGCAGAGACCCUUCAACAAGAUAAGCAAGAAAUAAUUCGAGAGAUCGACGAGGUGUACAGAGUCCAAACAAAUUACUCUCUUCCUCAAUCAAUUUGUGUGGAAAGUUGUCAUCCUGGAUUUGUCAAGCGAGCUCGAGAAGGAGAGCCAGUUUGCUGCUACGACUGCAUUCCUUGUCCAGAGGGGACCAUCUCCACUCAAGAAGAUAUGGAAAAAUGCACCCAGUGUCCAGAUGAUAAAUAUGCAAAUAAGGACCGAGUCCAAUGUAUUCCCAAAGUUCUAACCUUUCUUUCUUAUCAAGAAUAUCUGGGCAUAAUCUUGGUCUCUUUUGCUCUACUUUUGUUCCUAACCACAGGCCUUGUUUUAUUCAUAUUCAUUAAAUACCGAGAAACUCCCAUUGUCAAAGCCAACAACCGGGAUCUCUCCUACAUUCUCCUGGUCUCCCUGUUGCUUUGCUUCUUGUCCUCUUUUCUCUUCAUUGGACAACCAAGAAAAGCCACCUGUCUUCUCCGACAAACAGUGUUCAGCAUCAUCUUCUCAGUUGCUGUCUCUUCUCUCUUGGCCAAAACCAUCAUGGUGGUGCUGGCCUUCCUGGCCACAAAACCAGGAAACCAAGUGAAGAAAUGGUUGGGAAAUAGCUUGUCCAAUUCCAUCAUCCUUUCUUGUUCUGCUGUCCAAAUUAUCAUCUGCUCCAUCUGGCUUGGAGUUUCCCCACCAUUCCCUGACUCUGACUUCCACUCUCAGCCUGGAGAGAUCAUCCUGCAAUGUAAUGAAGGCUCAGUUGUCCUGUUUUACAUCACCCUCAGCUACCUGGGCUUCCUUGCUGCCAUCUGCUUCACAGUGGCUUUUCUAGCCAGGAAUCUCCCUGGGGCUUUCAACGAAGCCAAGCUGAUCACCUUCAGCAUGUUGGUCUUCUGCAGUGUCUGGGUGACUUUUGUACCCACCUACUUGAGCACCAAAGGAAAAUACAUGGUGGCUGUUCAGGUCUUCUCUAUCUUGGCCUCCAGUGCUGGUUUGUUGGGCUGCAUCUUCAUCCCCAAGUGCUACAUCAUCAUUCUGAGGCCUGACUUGAAUACAAGGGAGCAUCUUACAACCAGAAGAAAUGUUGAAAUGUGAAACAGGGGGAUUUUGACUCUCCAUACUUUCCAACAGGCCAAACCUAGAAAAUGGCCCAAGCUGUUUCCCAAACAUGAGUUGGCCAAUGAUUUUGCUUGAAAAAAAUUAAAGGGUGGUCAGACAAUGUAUCCUCCAUACUUACCCAGUUGGAUUGCAAGAUAGCCCCCAUUACCUUUUGAACAGUUGAGGUAUCCUAUCUGUCCUCUGCCCUUAGAUUACACGAGCCCUGAAAUGCCCCUUCAAAAUAUUUUAAAAAUGAUACUGGUGCAAUGGGAAUGUUGUUGAUAUGCAAAAAAAAAAAAAAAAAAAAAAAGCACAGGAAAGUCCUUUUAAAAUAUCACUAUUUUAGUUAUAUCAUGGUUUAUUUACAAUUUUAUCUAGCUGAGUGAUAUAAUUUUGUUUAUCUAUUUAUUUAUCCACCCAUCUUACCAUAGGGUAACUUUGGAUGGUUUGCAGUUACAUACACAGUUAAAACAUAAAAAGUUUAAAUCAGACAUUA